GAAAGCGCGCUCCUUUCCCUCCAGAGCAGGAUGUGAACGCGCGGCGGCGGAAGAUCCGAGUUAACGAGUCCCCGCUGCAGCUCCCGAACCCGACCCGAACCCCGACCCAACCCCGGUACCCUCCACCCUCAACCCGCCCGGAACCGCCGAGGAGACACCAGAACACCGGCCCAGACCCGGUUCCGACCAGAGCCAUGGAGCUCAUCACGAUCCUGGAGAAGACCGUGUCCCCGGACCGGAAUGAGCUGGAAGCUGCGCAGAAGUUCCUGGAGCAGGCGGCGGUGGAGAACCUGCCCACGUUCCUGGUGGAGCUGUCCAAGGUGCUGGCCAACCCCGGGAACACCCAGGUGGCCCGCGUGGCCGCCGGCCUGCAGGUCAAGAACUCUCUGACGUCCAAGGACCCGGACGUGAAGACCGGGUACCAGCAGCGCUGGCUCGCCAUCGACGGCAACGCCCGCCGAGAGAUCAAGAACUACGUCCUGCAGACUCUCGGCACGGAGACGUACCGGCCCAGCUCGGCGUCCCAGUGCGUGGCCGGCAUCGCCUGCGCCGAGAUCCCGGUGACCCAGUGGCCCGAGCUGAUCCCCCAGCUGGUGGCCAACGUGACGGACCCCAGCAGCACGGAGCACAUGAAAGAGUCCACGCUGGAGGCCAUCGGAUACAUCUGCCAGGACAUCGACCCGGAGCAGCUGCAGGACAACGCCAACCAGAUCCUGACGGCCAUCAUCCAGGGCAUGAGGAAGGAGGAGCCCAGCAACAACGUGAAGCUCGCCGCCACCAACGCGCUGCUCAACUCGCUGGAGUUCACCAAGGCCAACUUCGACAAGGAGACGGAGAGACACUUCAUCAUGCAGGUGGUUUGUGAGGCGACCCAGUGUCUGGACACCAGAGUCCGGGUGGCGGCCCUGCAGAACCUGGUGAAGAUCAUGUCUCUGUACUACCAGUACAUGGAGACCUACAUGGGACCGGCUCUGUUCGCGAUCACCAUCGAGGCCAUGAAGAGCGACAUCGACGAGGUGGCGCUGCAGGGCAUCGAGUUCUGGUCCAACGUGUGCGACGAGGAGAUGGACCUGGCCAUCGAGGCCUCAGAGGCCUCGGAGCAGGGCCGCCCCCCCGAACACACCAGCAAGUUCUACGCCAAAGGAGCGCUGCAGUACCUGGUCCCCAUCCUGACGCAGACCCUCACCAAACAGGACGAGAACGACGACGAUGACGACUGGAACCCGUGCAAGGCGGCGGGCGUGUGCCUGAUGCUGCUGGCCACCUGCUGCGAGGACGACGUGGUUCCCCACGUGCUGCCCUUCAUCAAGGAGCACAUCAAGAACCCGGACUGGCGCUACCGCGACGCCUCCGUCAUGGCCUUCGGCUCCAUCCUGGAGGGGCCCGACCUGAACCAGCUGAAGCCGCUGGUCAUCCAGGCCAUGCCCACCCUGAUCGAGCUGAUGAAGGACCCCAGCGUGGUGGUGAGGGACACCACGGCCUGGACGGUGGGCCGUAUCUGCGAGCUGCUGCCGGAGGCCGCCAUCAACGAGGUGUACCUGGCGCCGCUGCUGCAGUGCCUGAUCGAGGGCCUGGGGGCCGAGCCCCGCGUCGCCUCCAACGUGUGCUGGGCCUUCUCGUCUCUGGCGGAGGCGGCGUACGAGGCGACGGACGCAGCCGAGGACCAGGAGGAGCCGGGAACCUACUGCCUGUCCUCGUCCUUCGAGAUCAUCGUCCAGAAGCUGCUGGAGACCACAGACAGGCCCGACGGCCACCAGAACAACCUGCGCUCGGCGGCCUACGAGGCCCUGAUGGAGAUCGUGAAGAACAGCGCCAAGGACUGCUACCCGGCGGUGCAGAAGACCACGCUGGUCAUCAUGGAGCGGCUGCAGCAGGUCCUGCAGAUGGAGUCCCACAUCCAGAGCACGUCGGACCGGAUCCAGUUCAACGACCUGCAGUCGCUGCUGUGCGCCACCCUGCAGAAUGUCCUGAGGAAGGUGCAGCACCAGGACGCGCUGCAGAUCUCGGACGUGGUGAUGGCGUCGCUGCUGCGGAUGUUCCAGAGCACGGCGGGCUCCGGCGGCGUGCAGGAGGACGCGCUGAUGGCCGUGUCCACGCUGGUGGAAGUUCUGGGCAGCGACUUCCAGAAGUACAUGGAGGCCUUCAAGCCGUUCCUCGCCAUCGGGCUGAAGAACUACGCCGAGUACCAGGUGUGUCUGGCCGCCGUGGGGCUGGUGUGUGACCUCUGCCGGGCGCUGACCUCCAACAUCCUGCCGUACUGCGACGAGAUGAUGCAGCUGCUGCUGGAGAACCUGGGGAACGAGAACGUGCACCGCUCGGUGAAGCCGCAGAUCCUGUCGGCCUUCGGGGACAUCGCCCUGGCCAUCGGGGGGGAGUUCAAGAAGUACCUGGACAUCGUGCUGGACACCCUGCAGCAGGCGUCCCAGGCCCAGGUGGACAAGACGGACUACGACAUGGUGGACUACCUGAACGAGCUGCGGGAGGGCUGCCUGGAGGCGUACACCGGCAUCAUCCAGGGCCUGAAGGGAGACCAGGAGAACGUGCACCCGGACGUGAUGCUGGUCCAGCCCCGCGUGGAGUUCAUCCUGUCCUUCAUCCACCACAUAGCUGAAGACGAGGACCACUCGGACGGGGUGGUGGCCAACGCCGCCGGACUCAUCGGGGACCUCUGCACGGCGUUCGGGAAGGACGUGAUGAAGCUGGUGGACCUGCGUCCGCUGAUAAACGACCUGCUGACGGAGGGCCGGCGCUCCAAGACAACCAAGACCAAGACCCUGGCAACCUGGGCCACCAAGGAGCUACGCAAGCUCAAGAGCCAGGCCUGAUGGUUGCCGUCGGCAACGGACAGAUGACGCGACGCGAGUGAACUUUGAGGACGACGGCUGUCUGGGAUGAACUCUUCUUCUGCGCCUGCGGCCGCCGCGGCGCAGGGAGUGAAGUGAGAGAGAUGAGUGUCUGUGUGAGCGAGAGACGAUGACAUCACACCACCGUCAGUUCAGCAGGCCCCGCCCCCCCUGUAACCCCGCCCCCUGGACUGCCUGUGGACUGGACUCUGACCCCUCCCCCACGACCCCUGACCCCCCCGGCCCUCCUGCGAUGAUGUCACCGCCGCCGCCCCCCCCGCGGGGGAGGGGGGGGGGGGACGACACUGACUGGUGGAUCUGAGCGACUUUGUGGACUUCUUCUGUGGAAAACUUUAGAUUUUUGUUGCUCUUACUUUUCUUCUUCUGAGCACUAAAAACCGGCGGCCGGGCGCCUCCGCCGGCUCCGCCCCCCAACGGCGGCAACCCCUUCAGAGUAAGAGCUCGGCCGGCGCUGAGGAGCGAGUGCCAAAAGCCGGGCCCCGAGUGCCGUGAGCUGCUUCACUUUAGUUUCCCGCUGCACUUGGUUUGGGAACGGGUCCCUCGGCGUUUCUGCUUGUUGACAAGAUUUCAGAGAAUUGAAGACGUUUGUAAAAGGUUCUAUUUUUCCAUUGCUAUAAUAAAAAAAAAAAAAAGUUAAACCAAUAAAAUGAUCUGAAACAUUUCCCGAGCAGUUCUGGUCUCUUCCUGUCGGACCCCCGGAACCGGACCGGACCGCUACGGACCCUUCUGAUUGGACGCUGGACUCUGGCUCCUCCCACUUUUUUUUGGCUCCGAGCUCCUCCUCCUCCUCCGCCGCCGCCGUCACAUGACCUGGCGCCGCGCCGCCGUGAGCACGCUCAGUGCGGCCGGCCCGUCCCGGCCCAGACUUGGAGGCUUUUAUUUUGUAGAGGUGUGGCGGCUGGGAAGAUUGUACUUCCUGUGUCGAACCUGGAAACUCGAUUGUUGCUGAAUUGUGAAACAUUUAAAUCCAGUUUUCUUCUUCUUCCACUUUAGUGAACUAAUAAAGUUAUAUUGUUCUGAA